AUGACAGACUGGAAUUAUACAGAUGCUUCUGCCAUGCAUUUUGUUUUUGUUGGAAUUCCUGGCCUUCAAGAAAUGGAAAUACGGAUGACUCUAUUUGUAUUUUUUCUAGCAAUAUAUAUCAUUACACUUAUAGAAAACUUUUUCUUCCUUCUUGCAAUAAAGCUUGACCACACUCUGCAAUCCCCAAUGUACCUGUUUAUCUGCAACCUGGCCAUCUUGGACAUCCUUAUUCCUUCUGUUACCAUCCCAGAGAUGCUUUAUUUUUUAAUAGUAGAAAAUGGUACAAUUGCUUUUGGUCCUUGCAUUAUGCAGAUGUAUUUUUAUCUCUCUCUUUUAAUUACAGAAAGUUUUACCUUAGUGGCCAUGGCCUAUGAUCGUUACCAGGCCAUAUGUAACCCAUUGCAUUAUGCCACUAUCAUGACCACAAACUAUGCUUUUGCAUUAUCUGCUCUAUGUUGGACAAUAGGAAUCAUGAGGGGUGCACCGUAUGUAUACUUUGUACUCACUGCUUCUUUCUGUGGACCAAAAAGAAUUGAAUAUUUUUGCUGUGAUUAUUCAUCUAUUAUUUUGUUAGCAUGUACUGAUGUCACAAUCCAGAAUGCAUCUGAUAAGAUCAUAUCAUUAAUUAUAAUCUCAGUUCAGUUGUUUCUUGUUCUGUUUUCCUAUGGAAAGAUAAUUUCUGCUGUACUCAGAAUCAGCUCAUUCGAGGGUCAGAGGAAAGCCUUUUCUACUUGUGCCAGCCACCCUCUUGUCAUAAGUGUAUUUUACCUCAUUAUAGCCUUAGUUUUAGUAUCUUAUGCAGUACCAGGUUUUUCUGAACAAGUGCGUAGUUUGGCAGCUAUAGUCCAGAACAUUAUCCCAUCUCUAGUCAACCCAAUCAUUUACUGCAUAAAAACAAAAGAAAUCAGGGUCAGUAUCAUAAAGCUUAUCAACAAAUAUAAGCUAGGUUCACUGUGUUUCCAGGAUGAGUAA